AUGGGGAUGUUCCCUUCGGACUAUGGGGAUGUUCCCUUCGAACUACAUAUGAUGCUUUUCCUUUCGGACUAUAGCUUUUACUUUAAAACUGGGGAUCUCCUUUUCGAGCUUGGAUAUGUUCCCUUCAAACUAUAUAAUGUUUCCUUCACACUAUAUGUAGAUCAUCCCUUCGGACUAUUGAUCACCCCAUUUUAAACUCUUGGCCCCCCUCCCCCUCUACUAUAAAAUUUCUCUUGGUCAUUUAGCUCAUUUCUAGUUGGUCAUUUCAUUCUCUCCCACCCAUUUUUCUUCAUUUUCACUUUUUUUCAUUUUUCUUUCUUCAGUGUUCGUCCUGUCCCUCCCCCACCCCGCAGCGUUUCGUCGCUCUCAACAAAAUUUUUAUUUUACAUUUUUUCUUUCAUUUCACUCUCAUUUCACUUUUCCAAAUGUCCACUCCCUCCACCACAUUUUCAAUCCCCCCGAAAAAUUAUAAAAAAAAAGCCCCCACAUCCCCACACAUCCCCCCUUUGAGUGGACAGACAUUUGAAGGUCAACAGAAAAA